UAUUGUCUUUAUGAACAAUUAACUGGAGUUUGAUUUACAUUAUUACAAUCGUGUUUUGAAUCUAUUGUUCAGGGAGGUUUGAUGAACGACAUUCUAGUUUUGGAUGGCAGUAUGCACCCUGCACCGGUUUGAUUGACAAUUUUGACCGCGGGGGGUACGGUCGACAAUCGUCAGUCGAGCCGCGUUUGCCGGAUAGUGCGGUUGUGUCUAGUGUAACUUUAUUCGAAUGCCGGGAUACGAGAACGCGCGAUGGCUGUCCACGGCUUGAGAGCUGCGAUAUGUUGAAGCAUGCACAGCGGCCGCCGGCGGCGAACGAUGACCAUCGCUAUCAGAACAUGCCGCGGCGGCCGCACCACCACCUACCGCUCAACGUAUCCACUCUAGACUCUUCCAAACAUUCCGUAGGAGGAACGUCCGCAAGCGUCAGUCCUGGAGCUCAGCCAGCUACCACCACGGUGCCCGUAGUCACCCCCGUACCGGUGGCAUCGCCCCCCAAACUCGCCAAUGGAAAUGCCACCGGGGUUGCUGCCAGGCCUGUCUCUAACAGGUCGAGGAGCACGCGCGCUGCUACAGAGGAAGCGUUGACUUCUCUGGCACUAUUAUGCCUCGUCAGCUUAUUGUUAGCGUUACUGGCACUUCUGUUUCUGCUGAAAAUAUCAGCGCCAGCGACGAGUGCCCCCGAGGAAUUCGCUGUGGUGUACGAAGUGACUCUAGCGUUGUGCGCGUUGACGCUAUCAUUGAACCUCUGCUGUCUUCUAGUCUGUGCUAUCCAGUUUCUUUUCGCGGUGAAGCUCGUGCAUUCUCCAUCGGCUCCUAACGGCAGAUCAAAUAAAUAUCUUCAGAAGUCUGCCAUCACCCGCGUGUGUGCUGUCGGUGGCUUCUUCAUAUCGAUACCCGUGUUUUUAACCGGUAUAAUUUUAUACACGUUCAUACAAUUCCAUUCGACGCCGGCGAUCGUGACGUCAGUGUUCAUUGGAGUCGGGAUCAUAUUCUGCGGCUGCGCCAUGGUUCAUAACGUCUUCGUCUGGCAGAAGGAAAAAACUAACCUGGUGAAAGCUUUCAGGACGGAGAACGCCUCUAACGGCGUCGUGGCGAACGGCCAUCUUAAUAACACUGGCAACUUAAGCUUUCAUAGCAUGACACAAUACAACCAUCCCAUAACGCUUUUGCAGCAAGGAGGCCCGUAUGUCAUAAGGCCUCCAACGAGUACUCCGCCGGGUGAAGGCGCCGCGUCGCCCGGAGUACCAGCCGCCACUAUCGACCUCAGUCACGACACUCACGAGUUGAGCACACUCGUAUAAAAACUUAUAGGAUGAACUGUUUGGACCUUUGACUUAUUUUAAAAUUAGAAUUGAAAUAAAUAAAUUCUAUUUGGAAUGAAUAACGGAUGAAUAGCUCGGAUCUUCGCCUUAAAUAUGAAUAAUUAAGUAAAAAAAUUUUUUUUAAAGUUCUUUUAUGUUUUUAGAAUGAGCUGUUAAUAACUGUUUUAAAAUGUUCUUAACUAACUUAAAAGUAUAUUUUUAUUGAUCUAAUCAGAAGAGAGUUUUUUAUAUGCAAAAAUCAUUCAAAAUGCAAAGAUGAAAGAUUCCGUCCAUCAAUAAUACAAUUAAAAUGAAUGAAUUAAAUAGUGUCCAUUAAUUCAACACAUAUAGUGUUGCUGAAAAAUACUAUGAACAUAUAAAAAGAAAAUGUUUUAUAAUUUAAAUAAAUAGGUUAUAAUUACUUAAAGAGAAUAACUUAAGACUUCACAAUUACAUCAUACUGUGUGUAAUUAAUGUAUAUAGUUCUUUUUUUUAAUAAAUAAGAGUUCUUGGCCAUGUAAUGUAUAUGCCAUAGGUAAAUCUUAUUUAGUGUAAUAAUUUUUGGCCUAUAAAAAAAUCAUUUCAAACAUAUAUAUAUAUAUACUUUUUACGAUAUAAUAAAUGUAAAUAAUCUGUGGCUAAUUCAGCUACAAUAUCCCACCCUACUGGUACGAAUAAAACAAAAUCAAUCUAUCAAAAUGUAUAUUUGUAAAUAGUUAAAUGAAAACUGGAGGCAUAAUUUAAUUUAUUUGUAACAGAUAACAGCAUUUCUAUUUUUAGUUCAUGUUAUUUGACUUAAAAUAAAUUCUAUUUAUAAAGAA